UCAACAGUCUCGACGCGUCUUUUCGCUUUAUCGCAGUCGUAUUAAAACGGCUAGCAAAAUGCAUUAUAAUCGACAUCGUGUCCGCAUGAACGGUUUUUGCUGGUGAUUUCCCCCCACCCUCACUCUUGAUAGAUGACUUCUCGAAACGGGGACAAAAACUGGACACUUGCACUUUUUAUUUAUUACUCUGCUCCAACAAUAAAAUUGUAAGCGGAUAUAUGACUCGAACGUUUCACCAGUCACUGAGAUUAUUCGCUGUUCAGAUGAACAUUUAGUGAAUCCUAUAGCAGCUCACCUCGGAAGGAAAGAGGGGAGUGAUACUUGAACCUCAUGCCUCUACAAAGCCAUUCAUGAGGCAAGGCUUCCUCCACACCAACAGACCAGCAUGGAGAAAGGGGUCCGAACACGACACGAAACAGGAGCGGCAGAUGAGAAAGAUCCUCUUACUCAAGGGAAGACCCCAUUAGCGGGGAGUGCAGACUUGGGACAUGAAUGUUGCAAACGUAAUGGUCUGAUCAAUACCCACAACCUAAUGAUGGAGACUAAGGAAGGACUGGUGUCGGGCUAUUCUGCCCCACAGUACCAGGGCCAUGUGGUGUCCAAGGACAUAAAUGGGACACCGGAUGGUCGAGGACCCCCACAGUUGCUCAACCCCAGCGCCCUGCCCCAGGCUAUAGACCCUUACUACAGACCCAACCUCCUUCUGUACCCCGAGAGCGUGUUGAGAGCAUGGGGAGAUGGGGGGGACUGCUGCGAGACCACCUUCAUUGAUGAGAUGACCCCCGCCUCGUCCAGCUCCGCUGUCACUAAAGACUGCAUUCUGUUCACCGACAGCAAGCUGCUGGAUCUCUCUAUGGAAGACGCCAAGAUCCAGACGCUCUCCUAUGAUGCAGAUGACGACGAUGAUGAAUUUCAAGAACUCGAGAGUGAGUACUCAAGUGACUCAGAGAGUGAAGACAAUUUCCUCCUGAUGCCUCCGAGGGACCACCUGGGCCUCAGUGUUUUCUCCAUGAUCUGCUGUUUCUGGCCCUUGGGCAUCGCAGCUUUCUACCUGUCUCACGAGACUAACAAAGCAGUGACUAAAGGAGACUUUCACCACGCCAGCUCCAGCUCCAGACGUGCGCUCUUCCUCGCCGUACUGUCCAUCACCAUCGGGACGGGCAUCUACGUGGGUGUGGCUGUGGCCCUUAUCGCAUACCUCUCCAAAAACAAUCACUUGUAGCCUUCCCAUGCCCAAAUCACUCUCACAGUCGGAUAAAGACUGGUUCACUUUGGGAUCAGCUUCUUUGGGAAACACCCGAUGGUCACGAUACGGGACUCACCAGCAAUGUGUUCCACUCCUGCACUUUUAAAAGUCGCAUUCCCAUUUCGUUGGGAAGAUCAUCGUUUGUGUAAAUUGUCUUGGUCACUUUUCUGCAUUUUCAUGUGAACGUGCCGCCACCACAAUUGUUUUUUUUUUGUGUUUUUUUUUGCGCUCAGUGUUUGUGCAAGUGCAAAUCUAAUGCUACACACACACACGUUUUGGGCCAAAUUAAAGUCAAUAUG